AUGGGUACCCGUGAAAAUAUACCACGCUACUUUGCGAAGUCCGGUCCAACUGACGCUGAUCCUCGCAAGACAAAGAAGGACGGGGGUGGCAAAGGCAAUUGGGGUCGGUCCGGCGAGGAAAUGCAGGACACUGACUACUCGUUCGCCAAUGCUAGGCGUCGGUCCAACAGUAGCACCCAGGGCCUGGCCGACUUCAACACCAAGUUUGAGGCUUUUGAACCCGAGCCUGUGUUCGAGGAAGAGGCCUUUGGUGGCGCAGACAAUACCGCCGGAAAUGAUAAUACCGUGACCAAGGUCGAGAGUGCCAGUAGCAACGGUAGUCAGGCUGAUCAUGAUGGAAGAAAGUAUUAG